GAGAAUAGGAGAGAGAAGUGAUUUUGGUUAAUCGGUAAAUUUGAGUUUUUAUGUUUGUAGAUGCAAUUUCUGAUAUAUUAUGAAGAGAAGAGAAGUUUCUACGAGGCCCAUUUGUUCACAGUUGCUAUAAGGCCUACGGAAGAUGGACUUAAAAUAAACACACAAUUGGGAACUUACUAAAAGGAGGUUAACUCUCGUCUCUUGCUCUGCAAGUUAACUUGCCCGGUCUCCUCAUCCGAAGAGUAGUUAGUUGAAAGAUUUGUCUUUCACUUGGCAGUAAAAAUUGGGCAUAAGAAGUAAACCACAUUCUUAGAUUAUUAGCUUCUCCAUCAUUAUACGUAAAAUCUGAAAGAUCCAUCACAUUACCAAUUUUCAAGAAAAUGCAUAUUAGAAGAAAAGCUUAAGUUGAUGAUGAUGAUGAAGAAGAAGAUUUAGGAUAGGUGUCAAUUUUCAAGGUUUGGUCUUCUUUUGCGUUUUCUUAAACUAAUUUUAGCUCAGCCAUGGUGGAUUUACUAUUUUUAUCCAACUUGAUUAGUGUCAUUCUUUUAACCCAAAAAAAAACAGAGAGAGAGAGCAAAAAAAGUGUUUGGUUAAUCUUCAUGCUUUCCACUAACCUCCCUUUUGUUUAUCCAAAUCUUUUCCUGGAAAUUUUUCAUUAGUUUCAAACUCUAAAUCAGAAAGAGAGAGGUAGGAGUGCAACACAAGGAUGCCUUCUCCUCCGGAAGAAGGAACCCAACCCAAAACCGAUUCGGGUUCGGGCCCGGGUCAAACCUCCGAACGUGAUACCAAUCAACCACCACCUCCUACACCGCAAUCUCAACCGCCUCCACCGCAAACGCAAUCGCAACCGUAUCCGCCGGUGAUGGGCUAUCCAGGUUACCCACAAGACCCGUACCAAAAUUAUCCAAACGCAUCUUACCAACACAACCAAUACGCCUACGCGCAAGCCCCACCCGCUUCCUAUUACGGUUCUUCUUACCCCGCUCAGCAAAAUCCGGUUUACCAAAGACCAGCUCCUUCCGGUUUCUUCAGAGGAAUUUUAACCGGUUUAAUCGUUUUAGUCGUCCUCCUAUGCAUCUCUACCACCAUAACAUGGCUCGUCCUCCGUCCUCAGAUCCCGGUUUUCUCCGUAACCAGCUUCUCAGUCUCCAAUUUCAACCUAACCGGACCGGUUUUCUCCGCUCAAUGGACGGCUAAUCUCACGGUCGAGAAUCCAAACACGAAACUGAAUGGAUACUUUGAUCGGAUCCAAGCAUUCAUCUACAACCAAAACGCGAUCGAAGAAGACGACUUUUUGGCGAUGGCGUUCUUCCAGCCAGUUUCCGUGGCGACCAAGAAAUUAGUUUUCAUUGGUGAAACCCUAACGGCAGGAGGGAAAGAACAACCUAAAGUACCGAGUUGGGUCGGAGAGGAGAUGAAGAAAGAGAGAGAUACUGGAAUGGUGUCGUUUGAUCUAAGAAUGUUGGUUUGGGUUACUUUCAAGACUGAUGGUUGGUCGGCGCGUGAGAGAGGGCUUAAAGUGUUUUGUGGGAAGUUGAAAGUUGCGUUUGAAGGAGGAUCUGGAAACGGUGCCGUUUUAUUGCCUAAGCCUCUUCCUUGUUUGGUUUACGUUUGAUCCUUCUUGAUUUUUUUUUUAUCUUAACGUCUCUUGUAAUGUUCGAUUGUUUAUUAUACAAAGUCCAUAGAAAUCUCGUAUAAGAAACUUAAAAGAGCAAAUAUUCGAUUCAACUGCAGAUCUAGCUUGUGAAAAGAAUUAUAAUCGUUAUUAUAUCAACCAAUCUAUAAUCCAAAUGUUGAUUUAAACCUCUGGUUCAGGUGGGUUUAUAUCACUUCAGGAAUGAUCAUGGACUAAGCCUAACGAAACAUUAACCUUAGACUCCCAGAUUUUUUUUAAAAAAAUUACAUGUUGAGAUGAAGAGAUAUAUGAAAGAAGGAUAUCAAAGGUACUAGACUUGAGACUGUAGCUACAGUACUCGGCCCAGAAAGGAAGAAGCCCAUGACAGCAUAUCUCAAGUUCUUAAAACCCUUGUAUCCUCUCUAUAUAAACUUUAUAAUCUCUUCAUUAAGAUUAAGGCAAUAUAAUAAAAAGUCUCUGGUCAUUUUUUGAA